AUGGCAGAACCUCUUUGCAACUUCUUGUUCAUCUCUUUGCCUGAGGAUUCCACUCCCGCUGGCUUCAACAACUUGGAGACAUACUUGGAGCAAUCUCUUGUUAAUGGGAAGUCCAUUAUAUCGAAAUUCAACAUUCCUUCUUUUAGAAUUGGAACUUUGGACUCCCUAGUUGAAGAAUCUGAAGAUUUAGGUAAAAUUGACUCCCAGCUAUUUGCCUCUUUGCAAAAAAUCAACGAUAUCUUAUCCACAAUUUAUGACAACAAUCUUCAUCUAUUAAAUGCUAACAAAUCCUUCAACAACAAAUCUCCAAUUGAAUUCGUCGAAUCCUUUAAUUGGAACUAUUCAAAAUACAGAAUCGAAAACAAAUCAAUUAAAGAACUAACCGACUUAAUAUCAAGUGACGCCUUUGAUUUGGAUAACGACUUGAAGAGCUUGUAUAGCUCUUACAACGUUGCAAAGACAAAUUUAUCUGCUGCAAACAGGAAAAAGAAUGGUGAUUUAACCGUCCGAUCCUUACAUGAUAUAGUUGGUCCACAAAAUUUCGUGUUAAAUUCUGACCAUUUAUCCACUUUAUUAAUUGUCGUUCCCAAGGCUUUACAAAAAGAUUGGUUGAAUUCCUACGAAUCUCUUUCAGAUUUUGUCGUACCAAGAUCUUCUCAAGAAAUCUUCAAUGAUGAUGAUUAUAUCUUGAAUAAUGUAACGGUUUUCAAAAAAUACAUCCCAGAAUUCUUGCUCAACUGUCGAGAAAAGAAAUUCAUACCAAGAGAAUUCAAUUACUCUGAAAAUUUAAUCAAUCAAUUGAAAAGAGAAUUCGAUCAAGCUUCCAGACAAGAAUACCAAUUAAAGGCAGAGUUAAUAAGAUUAUCAAAGACAUCCUAUCAAUAUAUUCUAUCUGCCUGGUUUCACAUCAAAUCUCUCAGAGUCUUUGUUGAAAGUAUCCUAAGAUACGGUUUACCUCCAAAUUUCAACUCGUUUUUAAUUAGAUCAAGCAAUUAUUCCAAUUUAUCUGAAUCCAAGAAAACUCUCAUCAAAUGUAAAAACGAUCUAAUUAAACAGUUUGGUUACUUGGGUGGUAACGCUUUUAUGAAGGACAAAAAUGGUAAGCUAUUGAAGGAUUCCUCAUUAAACCAAUAUGCUUCAUUGGUCGACACUGAUUACGAGCCUUUUGUAUUGCUUGAUAUCGAUUUAUACUAA